UACAUGUUGCGCUGUUCUUGGGAGGAUUGAAAUAGUUCUAUGUUGUCUGUUGGUCUAGUCGAUAAAAGAGAACUACGUUUUAUAGAAUAAAUAAAGUAGUAAGUAACAAAUUGUUAGGCGAGCAAAGUAGUAACGAAUUCGUGAAAAUGGCUUCUAGAAAGAAAGUUUUGAUUGGUUGCACCGGUAGCGUUGCCACUAUUAAGUUGCCACAGUUAGUAGAGAAAUUGCGACAUAACAAUUUGGAAGUAAGAGUAGUGGUCACGGAGAAAGCUAAGCAUUUCUUAAAGGAAGCCGAACUGCACCCGGGAAUUCAAGUUCUGUCCGACACAGUAGAAUGGGCUGCCUGGCAAGACAGAGGCGAUCCUGUGUUGCACAUCGAUUUAGUCAAAUGGGCAGAUCUGUUCUUGAUAGCCCCACUAGACGCCAAUACACUUGGUAAAAUGGCCAGUGGUAUAAGCGAUAAUAUAUUAACUUGUGUUGCACGUGCCUGGGAUCCUUUGAAGCCACUGGUAUUUUGUCCUGCUAUGAAUACUAAAAUGUGGGAACAUCCAGUUACUGCGCCACAGAUAUCACUGCUAAAGUCUUGGGGAUACAAGGAAGUGACAUGUAUUUCGAAAACACUUAUGUGUGGCGAUACAGGAAUGGGUGGGAUGGCAGAGGUAGAUACCAUUGUUCAAACAACACUGCGAUUGCUUAACCCUUGGGACCCAUAUUCGCCACCAGAUUUCCGUCUUUAGCAUCAGGAGGAAAAGACGAAACGUUCAACGAAGCUUUACUGUCGUACAGAUAGAAUGUGAAAUAUAUAUAUACAUGUUAACGAAAAACAAAUCUAAGAGGAAAUUAAAUAACGAAAUGCAGAUCGCGCACUAUGGUGGAAUUCAAAAUAACUUAUGCUCACUGCGAAACUGUUCGUGUCCGACAACAAGGUUUUAACUUGUAACAUUACGCUUUUCCGAAUGCACCGUGGUCGCGAUAUUUUGUUGCUCAAAACGAAACGUCUAAAACGGCUACGUUGAGAAAAAUUGAGCAUGGCUAAGUCUGUUUGUUCACUUUGCCAAAAUAUAUGAUACAUACGUGAAAAUCUGUAAAGAGAUUCUGUUGACAUAUCGUUUAAAGCUGAUCCAAAAAACAAGUGUACAUGUUUUUUGUUAAAUAUAUCGAUUAAAGGAUAAUGUGAUUUAGGA